AUGGCAGAGAAGAUUGACGCGACCUCCACGUCCACCGACACUGGAUCGGGGCCACGAGACACAACGAGUGGUGGCCCUAAGGCCAUCAUUAAGAACGUCGACAUGAGCGAUGAAAUGCAACAAGAAAGCGUUGAUAUUGCCUCCGCCGCUCUCGAAAAAUAUAACAUCGAGAAAGACAUUGCUGCUCAGAUAAAGAAGGAAUUCGACAGGCGGCAUGGACCGACAUGGCAUGUGGUGGUGGGCAAGAACUUUGGGAGCUAUGUAACGCAUGAGACCAAACACUUUAUCUACUUCUACUACAUGUGGUUUGCUGCUUGGUUGACGCCAAGCUCGCUAAAUCUUCUCCCUCAAGGCGACCUCAAGGUCAAUGUUAUCUGCCCCGCAACGGAAGCACAUAUCCGUAAAUACUCACCUCAAAACGUGAUAAUUCUGCACGAGACACCAAAGAUGUACCAAGAGAUUGUGGUUCCAUUCAUUGCCAGCCUGCCAACAGAACGCACCCAAUGGAUCCAAGAGAUUCUCGAUGGGCGUAAAGAGCAAUCCAAAAUAUUCUUCUCCUCCUCGUCAUUCCUUAUAAUACCUGACAUGAAAUGGGACUUGCACACACUUAGUAGCCUCUACCUCGUGGCCAUUGUCCGGGACUCAUCCAUCAAGUCGAUUCGUGACCUUCGGACCCAGCACAUUCCUUUACUCAAAUCUAUCCGGAAGGAGGCUACAGCAGUUGCGAAAGAAAAAUGGGCUAUCGAAAGCGGUGGACUGAGAUUUUUUAUCCACUACCAUCCAACGUACUACCAUUUCCACGUCCAUAUCGUUCAUGCUAGCCACGAUGGUGGCUUAGGGAUGCGAGUUGGCCAGGCACAUCUCUUAGACGAUGUUAUAUCAUUGCUUGAGCUUGACAUCGGGAACAUGCCCUCAAUUUUCGAGAUGAGAACCCUGGUAUAUGGUCUUGGAGAGCAACACGGGCUAUAUGAGGCGCUGAAAUCAGCCCAAGAAGGCUUAGAGAAAGAUUAG